CACCAGACAGUGAUGGACGAGCAGCAGCAGGUCGCAAUAAAACACACAUCCUCCUCCUCCUCCUCCUGGUCCUGAGGUGGCUUCUCUGCAGUCGCAUCCCGGUCCGGGUGGUCCUCCUUUUGAGGUGAUUCCAGACUGCCGCAUGCAGGGUAAGGGGGGGCGGAGGGCGUUGGGAGAGCAAAUGGCCAGGAAAAGAGGCGACGGAUGGGAGGAUGCUCAAUGACUGAACGAGCAGCCGCUUGUUUGCAGGUUUGUCCUCUGCCGACGUCCACGAUGGAGUCCACCCACCUCCUGGGCGGGGCUAAGAAGCGGGUAAAGAUCCACCCUCACACGGUCACGGCCAAGUAUGUGACGCAGACCCCCUACUCCCCGCAACCCGGCGUACACACGCACUUCCCCCAGCCCGGCGACGAGGGCUACGAUGACGCGCCGUCCUUCGAGGACUUCGGCUCUUUCCUGGAGGAGACGUCGGACAGGAAGCGGCUGACGGAGGCCAAGAGGUGGCCGCUCGCUCUGUUCGGCUCCAAAGACAAAGACGAGGCCGCCGCCGCCCCGAGACCUCCGGCCGGCGGGAGCGGCGACAGCGGCGAAGGGGGAGCUCGGGCGGCCAAGGGUCCCGGGAAAGGGGUCGGGGAGCAGCUGGCCAGCUUCGGGGAGGCCUCGGUGUCGGCGUCGCGGCUCACCUGGGUGGGGCUUCUGGGGGCGGCGCUGGCUAACGGCUGUGCGAUCGUCCUGACUCGGACGGCCUCGGAACGCUUUGGCCUGGGCCCCCUCUUUCUCCUCCUGUUUCGGUCCGUGUUGCAGCUCCUGUCCGUGGCCGUGCCGCUGUACAAGGGGGAGAACCCUUUUGGACCGGAAGGCUACCGCCUCCGUCUGCUGUGUUACGGAGUGGCCUACUCGCUGUCCCUGUGCUGCGGUUACUCCUCGCUGUCCUUCGCCUCCCCCGAGGACGCCGCCCCCGCCUGGCGCCUGGCCACCACGGCGCUGUCGGCCACCCUGGCCUUCCUGUUGCUGGAGGAGCGUCUGGGCUCGGCAGACGGCAUCACCCUUGCGGCAGGACUGUGCGGUUUGGGGGUUCUGCUGCUUCCUAGGGCAGAUGAGAGCAAUUCCGAUUCACCUGCAGACCCCGUGGUAUUCUGGAGGGGAGCAUUUGGGUGGUCCCUGUCAGCGCUGGCGGGGCUGUGGAUGGCCCUGGCCCUGGUGGGGUACCGGUCGCUGAAGGAGAGAAUUGGCGUGGCUACGGCUCUGUUCACAGUGAGCUGGACAAGCUGCGUGCUUACCCCGGCCUCGUUGGCCCUGCUCCAGGAGGCCUGGUCCUGGCCGGCCGGUGCUUCCGACUGGGGACCGCUCGUGGGCUCGGUAGCCUGUUCGACCGCCGCCUUCUUGGGGAUGACGCACGGCCUCACCCGCAUCCACCCGGCACUGGUGUCGGCGAGCCAGGGCCUGGAGGCGCCCCUGGCCACGGCGGCCCACCUUGCCAUGGUGCAGCUGGCCCCCAGCGCCCCCGAGGUGGUCGGGAACGCCAUGGUGGUCCUGAGUGUCGGCUGGUUGGUGACCAUGAAGCUGUUGCCCUCUCGCGGGGCCGGCCGGCGUCACCGGGAGGAAUACGAGGAGAUUCUAGACUCACCCAUUAAAUGAGAAACUUUCGCUCUAACAUGUAAAGUUUUAUUACCCCCGCCAAGCACAACGUUAGAUUCAGGAGAUUGGUUAGUUUGUUAGUCAUUUGUCAGCUCUGGAAAAAAAGAACUUUGCAAUUUUCCAGGUAAUUUGUCGAGGGGUGGUGCACAGGCCACGGGAAAACACUCCUAAAUCCUGCUCCUAUCCCUAGCCCUAAUCCUUACCCAAAUCCAAUUACCCUAAAACCUAUCCACUGACCCUCACCCUCGAACCGUAACCCUAAAUGUAUCCCUAACCACCUAAUCCGAACCCUUAGUCCUAACUCUGGUCCCAUAACGCUAAACCCUAGCCCGAAACCCUUUCCCCGAACCCCGAAUUGUAACCCUAAACGAAUCCUGCCCAAAACCCUAACCCCAGAAUCCCCUAACCUUAGCCCUGAACCCAACAUUUAAAGCUAAACCCUAAUUGUGAUUCCUAACCCGAAAACCCUAAAACCUUUCUCCCUAACACCCUAAUCCUCCUCACUUCUAAAUUUUGCCGAGACCCAAACACUAACUCCUAACCCUAAAACCUGUCCUCUAACCCCCUAUUCCUAACCCCAACCUCAACCCAAAAACCCCUACCCGAACCUUUUAGUGAUACUUUCGCCCAUCAGUGACUAAGGUCUCCCUUUGUAACACAUAAAUGUCAUCCAGGAGGUAGCCUGCCAACUUCUAACAAACAAAAACAUGGCAAUCCAAAUUUCCCCCCCACUUUUUUUUUUUUGCACCGUUUGGCCUUGGCAAAGGUCUUUGAGUGCCAUUCUCGUCUCAUUUGUGCAAGCCUUAUUCUCAAUCUUUUUCGGGGGGGAGAGAGUGAUAAAACAAAAAGUACCAACGUGGUGUCGUCUAUUCAUGUUGUGACAAUAAAAUUUCGCUGACGAACAAA